AUGCCGGGCCUCGGUAAGACCACUGUUGCCAAAAAAUUGUACUUUGACAUUUUAACUGAUGUCACUGGUGUUGAUGCUCGCCAAUCUUACUCCGGUAGUACUGAGAGUGGCUUGGCUAACAGAGUCCGAAAAAGUUUGAAGCAACAAAAAUAUCUCAUUGUUUUGGAUGACAUUUGGAGCAUUGAAGCUUGGGAUAGAAUUAAAGAUGCAUUCCCAGAUGAUAACAAGGGAAGCCGAAUCAUAUUUACUAGCCGAAUCCAUAACUUGGUGUCACAAGCAAAGGUAAAUCGCAUUUCCCUGUCUCUUCGGCCACUUUCUGAUGAGCAAAGUUGGGAUCUAUUGAAAGGGAAGCUAUCUCAAAAUAUUGAUUUCUUUCUUGAUGAUGAACUAUCAAAAACAGAGGAUCAUGAAUAUGGCCAACUAGAGCACUUGGAGAUUUUGUCAAGACCAAAUCUUGAUUCAGGAACUGAAAUGAAUGAGCUCCUAAGAAGGUUACCAAGGCUCCGAAAGCUCAAGUUUAGACUUCUUGAGAAUGAUUCAUCAAAAUGGAUAAGACAUCAACGGUUUCAAUAUGUUCGAUUUUCAAUCAACCUUCAGCUAAUGUUUAAGUUCCUUGAGGAGUUGAACAACACUAUUGACAUACCUGCUAAAAAAUAG